AUGGGAAAUUCAUCUAGCUCACCAAAGGCUGAGCCCACGAACAUUCACUUGAAAUUGUUGGUCGAUGGAGAUAGCUUAGUGUUCCAAGGCCAGUUCAUUCGACAAGGUGCCAAGGGAGGGCAGAAAGCAAUCAACGAACUCCAUCUAGCCUUGCAAAACAUAUUCACUUUACUUCGUCACGAGAUGGGUGGGGCGCAUAUCUUGGUGCAGAGAGGCAAGAUCAAAGUGCAAUAUCCCGAUGGGGCAACCACGACGCAACAUCUUACCAGACUUGUAGCGGAUACGAGAGUGCUGUUGAAUGUGGAUUAUGGUCUGGAUCUACAUGGCAUCGUUGAUAGAGAACGAAAACCUAUGGCGCAGGUCAAGGCCCAAUACGUCAUGAUCGCGAAAUUACCUGAAAGAGAUACCUAUGGAACCAAGGUCAUAGGGACUGAAGAUGUGGAACAUUGUCUUUCUGCAUGUCAAGACCUUCUUGCGCAGGGCCGAUCGGGCAUCAUCCUGAAGGGUACGACAGCUCCUGUUCCCGAAGCGAAACGUAUGGGCAUCACAGUUAUCUGCCUGCCUGACCUGUUCGUGUCAGACCCGGCGGUGUCACAUUUGAGAAGUAUGAAGAGUGCCCCUUCUUCACCCACGAAAAAGAAACACGUCAGGCGUUGA